AUGUCCUCUUCGCUUUCGACGUCGCAAAUUAUCACUAUCGUUGUGCUGGUUGCGACCUCCUUGGGCGUCGGUUACGCCAUCGGCGCGAAGUCUGCCAGUAACGUCGCAUCUCAAAAUUCGCCAGCACCUCCGCCUCUCGUGAUAUCAGCACCGCCGCCGGCAGAGGACGAUAGCGAUCAUGAAGAAGACGUGGCGGAUGGAGAUCUCUCUUCCGUUAAGCCAGGAUUCCUAGAACCCUGCAAACUGGUAUUGGUUGUCCGUACGGACUUGGGUAUGACUCCAGGGAAAAUAGCUGCUCAAUGCGGACAUGCAACGCUUGCUUGCUACAAAGCAUUAGUGAAAACUAACCCGCAGCUUUUGCAGCACUGGGAACGCACAGGUCAAGCCAAGAUUGCAUUAAAGGCGAGCUCCGAAGAUGAGCUGUUGGAGCUGGAAGCAGUUGCAAAGAGUUUGAACCUCUGUGCGCGUGCCAUUCAUGAUGCAGGUCGAACGCAAAUUGCGGCUGGCUCUCGCACGGUAUUGGGUAUUGGACCCGGGCCGGUGGAGUUGGUGAACCGUGUUACGGGAAAGUUACGGCUGUUAUGA